CAUUUCUUUAAACUGAAGUCACUCAUUCGUCCCUAUAGCAAAGAAUAUGGGUAAGGAUCUCUUCUUCAUAUUUAUAUGUCUCAACCUUGGACUUGCAGAGUUCAGGAAGGUUUAGGAAUUGCAGAGAUCUCUGGUUUAAGCCAUGGCUUCCGGAGCAACCAAAUCACUAGCAUUCAUCCUCUUAGUUCUUAAUCUUGUGCUCUAUGGUGUUGUCACCUUCAUCGCCGGUUGGGCUGUCAAUUACGGCAUCGAACGUUCAGCUCAAACAGCAUCUGCUUUGACGAUGCCUGCACAUAUAUUUCCAAUAUAUUAUCCAAUCGGUAAUAUGGCAACUGGUUUCUUCGUGAUCUUUGCACUGAUUGCUGGACUUGUGGGUGUUGCAACUUCACUUUCUGGGAUCAGUAAUAUCCUCCAAUGGAAUGUUCCUAACUUGCUAUCAGCUGCAACUUAUUCUACCACUACAUGGUUGCUCACCAUUCUAGCCAUGGGAUUAGCAUGCAAAGAGAUUAAUAUAGGCUUCAGGGAUUCAAACUUGCGGACUCUGGAAGUGUUGACCAUCAUUUUAAGUGCCACUCAACUGUUCUGCAUGGCUGCAAUCCAUUUCGGAGCAGCAGAUGUUAUCAGUCGACGGAGAUAGGUGUGCUGCGAGUUUGAACUUGCAAUGGAAUAGCAUGGCCUGAAUGAGUUAACACACCCAUUCAUUAAACUUUUCUUCGUUUUUGUAUGUUUUCUUUCCUUGCAUAUAUGUUUAUGAAAAUCAAGGUGUUAACUAUCGGUAUCGCAUCAUAUCUUAAAGUUGAUUUUUAGAGACAUUUAUGUAUCAGAAUGACUGUUUGAUAGUUGAUACAUAUGGAUACACUUAUGAUACAUUCUAAACUAAUGUUUUCAAGUA